CCUGUCUGAAGCCAAGGGUCCAGGAAAGGGGAGGGUGUUAGAGGGGAGGAGGAGACAGCGGGGAACAAAAAGGAGAGAGUGCAGCAGAGCGGAGGACAGAAGGGGAGGCUGCUGCUCAACGAUGGAUUUAGAUUUUCUUCAGUCUCUGGAGAGAGAGAGGGUCCUGGAGGUUCUUCAGAGAGACAAGCAGCUGCGUCUCAUGGAGGAGGACCGGAUCAGGAGGAUGAAGUGUGAGCUCCAGGAGCUCCGGAGGCGAGGCGCCAAGAGCUGUGCCCGGCAGUACGGCGAGCGGACCUGCGCCCGCUGCCAGAGGCCGCUGGGGAAGUUCUGGAACUCGGGCGACGUGUGCCGCGGCUGCAGCCACCGCAUCUGCAGCAAGUGCCGCGUGGGCGUCGGCGCGGCGGACUGGAAGUGCACGGUCUGCCACGCCUACAGGGACGUGAAGAUCCGGUCUGGAGAGUGGUUCUUGGAGGAAAAAUUCAAGAAAUUUCCAGUCACCGAAAACAAAUAUGAAACAGUCGGGGAGACGCUUUUAAAGACCUACAACGUGCUGAGUCAUAUAUCAGUCGUGCCUCCAACUCCUCCACCACAUUUGGAUCAACAGUUCCUGAGCAGAUCUGGGAGUUUGAAAAACUCCAUACCUUUCACCAAAUCCGUGGAAGAUCUGAUGGUCUCGUUCACCAGUCACAUGAGAAAGAUUUCCACUUCUCAGAGCGAUGUGCAGGGCGGCCUGCUGUACGUCGACGGCGGCCGCAAAGGGUCGUGCGUCACCUUCAGCAGCCAGAAGAGCCUGUCCGACACCGACAUCAACAAAUCGUCCCGCCUCUUUAAAGUCCCGAGUCUUCCAAACCUGUUCAAGAGGAGCAAAGACAGCGACCACGAAGGCUCCUCCACCGGGGCCGAGGAGGAAACUUCCUUCAGUUCUGAGUACUCCGGAGGAAAGAGAGGCAGCAACAGCAGCAUCUGCACCGACGGCGGCCGCUUCGAGAGCAUCGGCGUGGCGGGAGAGCUGGAGCUGGCCCUGGCCUACAGCGGCGACGCCUCCUGCCUGGAGAUCACGGUCGGCGCCUGCAGAAAUCUCUCACACGGAGACGCCAGACGGAGGAGAUGUCACCCAUACGUCAAAUUCUACGUGCUGCCGGAAAAAAGCGGCAAAAUGAAGACGACAGUGAAGAAGAACACGACUGAUCCGGUUUAUAAUGAGGUUUUGAAGUAUCAAAUAGAGCGCCACCUGCUGUUUGGGAAGAGACUGCACGCCUCCGUGUGGCAUUCAGGAACCCUGAGAAGGAAGGUGUUCCUCGGUGAGAUCCUUAUCCCACUGGACGGCUGGAGAUGUGAGGACAAAGCCUCCCAGUGCUUCAACUGGUACCCGCUGUGUCCAAAGGCUGAGGGUCCAGACGGAGGAGCAGCGGAGCAGGACUGAGGGGAACUGCUGGUCAGACUCAAGUUCAGCUCCAACAACCAGGGUGUCUGACUGUGGGACAAGGCCGAGGGCUCGACCGGUCAACGCCCAUUUCUUGAAGGUGAGACCAGGCGUCUCACCUCCUGCUGCUGGAAAGAGUCUCCCGGGCGUCGCUCUCUCUCUCUGAACCUGUGGGACCAAAGCCCCUCCUGCCCCCCGACCGCCCCUCCUGCCCCCGACCGCCCCUCCUGCCCCCCGACCGUCCCUCCUGCCCCCGACCGACCC